AGUAACUUCGACUCACUUUCAGGGGGUGUGGUUAUCACUUAUCAUACCAGAUACUGAGCUGCAGUAUGGCGACCGCCUAACUUUGCGCGCGCAUAUAUUCACCGGCGAUCGCACGACGAUCAGUCAAUCCGUAAGUACUCAGCGAUCGAACAGAACGCGCAACGCACGCUCAUAGCGAAGCAUAAACUUUCUGAUCGCGUUUUGCAUCAACAUCAACGAAGGACUAGUUUUAAGGUUUUAACCAAAACAGUAAGACUACAGUAAAAUGAGUGACGCAAAGGGAAAAGUACAAGAUAACCCCAAGAUACUAUCGGGCCCCGUACUGACGAACUCGCCCAACGCGGUGCUGUCCAAAACUCUGCUGAACCGGUACAAGGACCUCCCGCUGCCUGGCGACAAGGUCCUGGCCACCUACAUCUGGAUUGACGGCACGGGCGAACAUAUGCGGUGUAAGGACCGCACCGUGAACUUUAUACCGAAAGUUGUUAAAGAUUUGCCCAUUUGGAACUUUGAUGGCAGCUCAACUGGACAGUCGGACAGUCACAACUCUGACACGUUCCUGGUGCCUCGCGCCCUGUACAAGGACCCGUUCCGCCGCGGCAACCACGUGCUGGUCAUGUGCGACACCUACAAGUACAACAUGGAGGCCACGGCAACCAACCAUCGUGUUAAGUGCCAGGAAGCUGCGGACAAAUGCGAAGACGAGGAGCCGUGGUUCGGCAUCGAGCAGGAAUACACCCUCCUCGACGCGGAUCUCAGGCCUUUCGGAUGGCCCCCAGGCGGCUUCCCCCCACCACAAGGCCCCUACUACUGCGGUGUUGGCUCCAACAAAGUUUUCGCCAGAGAUCUCGUCGAUUCACAUUACCGGUGCUGCCUCUAUGCUGGCGUACCUAUUGCUGGCACGAACGCCGAGGCAAUGCCCUCUCAGUGGGAGUUCCAAGUGGGUCCGUCUGUGGGCGUGAGCGCCGCCGACGACAUGUGGAUAGCGCGCUACAUCCUGCACCGCCUCGCCGAGGAGCACGGCGUCAUCGUCAGCUUUGACCCCAAGCCUGUGCAAGACUGGAACGGCUCGGGAGCGCAUACCAACUUCUCUACUAAAAAGAUGAGACAAGAAAACGGCAUUGUCGAAAUCAACAAGGCGAUAGAAAAGCUUUCGAAAACACACAUGAAGCAUAUCAAGGUGUACGACCCCCGCGGGGGAAAGGACAACGCGAGAAGGUUGACUGGUAAAUACGAAACGGCCAGCCUACACGAGUUUAGCUCAGGCGUGGCCAGCCGCAGCUGCAGCAUCCGGAUACCGCGCGCGGUAGCGGAGGAGAGGAAGGGCUACCUGGAGGACAGACGGCCGGCCUCCAACUGCGAUCCCUAUGCCGUCAUCGACGCUCUUCUGCGCACCUGCAUCCUCAACGAAUAACAGCAAAUCUUAAAUUAUGCAUGUGCCUCAAUAACCUAAGCUAUAAAUGCAUUUAUUUUAAAUAAGUUUCUACAAAAUAAAUAUUUUUUUAACUUU